CACAGUCGAAGAGGGAUACGGUAUAAAGAAAUUUAGGGUUCACAUGAACCAACACCAAAACCGAGUAGCGAUUCUCUCUUCUCAUAUAUCACCACCCGUCAUGGCUUCAGAGAAAGAGGCUGCUUUAGCCGCCACUCCUUCCGAUGAUUCCCCCACCAUAUUUGACAAGAUCAUCAGUAAAGACAUUCCAUCCACCGUUGUUUUUGAGGAUGACAAGGUCUUGGCUUUUAGGGACAUAACUCCCCAGGGUCCUGUUCACAUCCUCCUCAUUCCAAAAGUGAGGGAUGGCUUAACUGGCCUCUCUAAGGCUGAGGAGAGGCACAUCGACAUCUUGGGCCGCCUUCUAUACACUGCCAAGCUUGUAGCAAAACAAGAAGGCCUAGAUGAGGGUUUCAGAAUUGUGAUCAAUGAUGGUCCUCAAGGCUGUCAGUCGGUGUAUCACAUUCAUGUUCAUCUCAUCGGAGGACGCCAAAUGAACUGGCCUCCUGGCUAAAAAGAUAUCAUCAUCUACUAGUGAUUCUUGUCCUGGUUAUAAGAGGAACCCUACCCUGAGUUGCUAUUGUCUUCUUCUGUCUUUAUGAAUAAAAGGCUUGGGACAUAACUUUUUAUGAUUGAAAUCUAAACCUUAGUCUAUGGUAUGAAGAGAAUAUUCGACUGUUCUCUUUUGUAGAAUCCUCUUUUUUAUUGUUGACUUUGUAAAACAUUUCAAUGGUAAAAAAGCUUUGAAUAAAUGAGUCAAUAAUGGAGAA